CCAGUCCCGAUAAGGAAGCGAUAGACUGAAGUAGACAGCUAGCUGGAAAGACAGAUAGCGACGGGGAGAGUGGAUUUAUUUAUUAUUCAAAUUCUGAAUGGAAUGACGAUGUGAUGGGCUCGUGCUCGUGUACGCGGCGACACUUUUUGCUGUCAAUAUGCUUCCUGCAAGUGAUAACGAUUAUCGAGCGCCAGGUAUUCGACUUCCUCGGCUACAUGUGGGCGCCUAUCCUAGUGAACUUUUUCCACAUUUUGUUCAUCAUAUUCGGGUUUUACGGCGCCUACCACUUUCGCGUUAAAUACAUCAUCACCUAUCUAAUAUGGAACUUCCUGUGGAUCGGGUGGAAUACCUUCCUCAUUUGCUUCUACUUAAAUGUGGGGCAGUUGAACAGGGACAGUGACCUGCUCAACCUGGGCACUGGCAGCGUCUCCUGGUUCGAGGCGAAUGGGUACGGUUGCAAGCCCACCUAUAACAUGGCCGCGGACGAUACGUUCCGUCCCCAGCGGCCGGAGCGCGUGGAAGGCUGCCUGCUGGACUACCCGCUGGUGGAGAUCACCCACUCGGGGGUACAGUGCGCUCUGGCGCUGCUCGGCAUACUCGGUGCGAUUCUGAUUAGUUGCAUAUUUCUUGACGAGGACGACAGAUUCGAUUUCAUGAACGGCGACGCGAAGAGUCCACAGCAUACCGUGGUGCACCCAAUGUACGUGAGCUAUACAAGUAUACCCACAACAUCCGCAAGCGCCACCAUGCAAUCAAAUAAGCAUCUGCAACUGCAGCACCAGCAGCCGCAGCAGAACUCACUGAAACUCUAUCAUCAUCAGCAACAACAGCAACCCAAACUACACCACUUCAAUAAGAACUACCAGUUGAGCGGCAGCAACAAUAAUACACUGAAUAAUAAUCUCCACCAGCGUGCGCCUGCGCUGCUGCCGCCAAACACAACAAAUAACCGCAGCGCAUCAUUCCAAACUCAAAGUCACCCUUCAAACAACCAUGUAACUCAACGCACAGGCGGAGAGGGGAGCAACUGCAGUAGUCUACGCCGCCAUCGACAACACCAUUCCAAGGCACUCGUCAGCCCCAGUCCCAUGUCACCUCAGACCACGCCGUCGCUUUCGUACGCUUCCCUGCAAAACUCGAGUCCCUACCUAGCCGGAAACUCCCUUAGCAACAGCAACUACAGCAUAUUCCAGAGCCCCGACUCGCUCCAGGGCAGUUCUCAUUUCGCCCGUAUUCAUCACAAGCCCAAGCCGCCCAAAUCUGAUUAUCCUGUUUCUGGAGAAUUCAAUCCGGGCGGGAAUAUAUCCUCGCCUGUCCGUCCGCUCGAUCGCCUGUCGCGCAGUCUCGAGGACGACGAAGACAACUUUUCGCUGCAGAAGUUCGCUCCCGGCGAACACGGUGUCACCUACGUCCCUUUUCAAAGUCCUACUCCAAACAGCCUUUUUCUGGGCGAGAACAACAACUCCCAGCCCCACCUCGUCUUUCACACCAACUCUCGGUCUAGUCCCAACAACAAUGCUUAUCCCUACGACCAGAGCGGUUUGCCCUCUUCCCUCCGUAUGGGGUCAAACUCCAAUGCCCGACGGCCGACUCACAUUCCUCUGCCCACGGUUCCCAUGCACAACUGCCAGGAGGUAGAAAAUGAUGAGGACGCAGAUGGCGAAUCCGAGCAAGAUCACGAUCAGAUGCUGACGCCUCCGCCUCCGCCGUUAGUGCGGCCUCACAUCCAUCAACGCUUGGGUCAGGCGCCCUACCUCGAUCUCUCUCCGGAAGUGGCAGAGCGCUAUGCGAUUCCCAGCAAGCUUGGACCCAGCCUUCCCAUUCAAGUGCCACUCCCCGUCCCACAUGGUUCGCCCAUGGUACGUCGCAGUAAUCGUCGACCUAGGCCAUCCAAUCCCGUGAACUUUUGCGACCAGAUUCGCGCUACACCUCCUGGUUAUGUGGUACGCGCCCAGAGCGACGACCGUCUAAUGGAGCAGGUCGAGGCUGAUGCAGCACCGCACGUGAAUCGUCGGAGCGGUCGCGGCGGUAGCGGUCAAAAGACCCGUCCUCGGUCGUUCUGCAACUCGAUAGUGGGCGUGCAGGGUUAGACUUAAGUACGUCCCGCUGCACUUGCUCCUCUCCUCUCUCUUACUCACGCUUUCUGCCUAGGCAGGAUGGCUGUUACUAACUCUACCAGGAUCACUCGAUCCCUAAACACAUACAAAAAAUUUCAUAUACAUAGGUGUUGCUGUUUCUUUGUUGUGCCUAACCAGCCGGCUAACCUGGCUAAGAACAGGUCCUAACCAUAGCUUCCCAUGCAAGCGUUUAUCGAUUUUAAUGAUACCUUGCAGAGCUGACUUUAAUUGUGUAAAUCUAAUUAAUAAUUCAGAUACGUGCGAUCAGUAGAGACUUUCCUCGAAUUGUGAUAGAAGGCGUGGAAAGUCGUGACAGAAUGCAAGCCUAACAAUUUUAUGUUGAUCUGUGAUAACUGAAAACAAAUAUGAACGACAAACGAUAAUUUGAAAAACGAAAAUGUCACAAAAUCAUUAUCAAGAAAAGGAUAUGACAAUUUGUUGAGAAUACGAGCGAUAAAUGAAAUUUUGAGCCAAUUGCAACCAGAUGCCUUGGAUGUAUGACGGAAUAGAGAUUAGAAUAUACAACAUACAUAUAUAUACCGAUGUUAUGGGCGGGAGAGCCCAGCCUCCCCAAGAGUUGCCUUUGUUGUUUAACUAAUAAUACAUAUGAAUGUAUAUUUGCCCUUAAUAACGAAAUGUACUACGAUGCAAACUUUAGUUGUCGAACACAAACAAGAAGUUGCCUAUUCCGUUAAGUGAGAGAUUCGUUAUACAAGCGCAAGCAAACGUAAAAACGUUUAGAAUUACGUAUAGAAAUGUUAAGCCUAGUAUUAAGCUUGAGGCCACAAAACGCAAGAGCAGAGCAGAUCUAAAUCCAUUUAGCGUAGACACUAUUUACUGUUUUAGAUAGAUCCCUCAUAUUUAGCCAUGCGAAUUGUGCGUAGACUGGUGCCAAUUCUCGAAGAGAUUGAACGCGUUUCCAAUAAAAAUGUUCAUUUACACCAUAGUACGGGUAAUCUUUCUCUGUCUCGGAAGCUUUUUUCGUAGCCGAUCCUUCUAUCUUCCUAAGUUGCUCUCUUACUGGUAGUUGGCUUUUUGUAGCAAUUGUGCCUCUAACCAACCGCUAACUAUUGAUUCUCUCCGAACGUAGCUAAUCCAACUUGAUUAACAGCUCCAAUCACAAAAGCACACUCAAAAGCAAGCCAAGUGAAGCAUAUUAGGAAGCAGUCUAAACACCGCCAGUCGCUGUACUCCAUCGAAUUCGGCAGCAGUACCGACACCAUCCGGCAUGGCGGCCACUCCUUGGGACUGGGCGAUCCUCGGGGCGACCAAGAUGGCGGCGAACUGAGUCCUAAGCCGAUGACACCACGACGCGUCAAGCGGCGAUCGGUCAUGGCGCGCGGCACACAAGGAAGGCAGUCAAAUGGAGGAGGCUCUAGCAGGCGCUCAUACCACGGAUCAAGCGGCACCCUGAGAUCCAAGCACGGACAUAGUGGACGUGGAGGCGGAGCAGACAGCAGUAGCGGAAGCUAUGUGAGGAGCAGCACUCGAAGCUCUCGCCGGAAGUAUCAUCAGAAUCCAGUGACUAAAAUCAUCGAUCAGCAGCUUCAGCAGGAGCAACCUCACCUGGGUUCCUUCCACCGACAGGAUAAACUCUCGCUGACUGCCUCCAACCUGCAAUCACUCAACAAUGACUUUGUGAACAACACCAAUGCUUCCGGCAGUCAAUUGGGAAGUCUCGGCAAACCCAAUGAGCACUACUACCACAGCUACCGCAAAAACAUUCCGCUGGAUCCCAUUUACUACAAUACCAACGGUCUAGGAGCGCUGGAGGAACCACCGAGCCUUCCACCGCCACCACCUCUGCCAUCUGCAGCUGGAGCCUCAAUCCUGCACGCGGGCGGUGGAGGCCACUACAACCCCAGUUACCAACACUCCACGACGCACCUAAACGACGUUGGUCACGCUCCCGAUGAAGUAUACAACAAUCGACCGCCCUCGGUGCGCUCCAGUUACUCGAAUUUUCAUGGCUCACGGCCACUCUCCACCGCUUACGGGAAUGCCACUGGUGAGAAUGUAUUCGCUGGACUGAACGGAGCCAGCGCCAGCCCACCGCAGGCUCCUUGUACGCCACCCCUCUACCAACAGCAUCCCAUGCAACUACAGCAGCACCAACAGCAGCAGUAUCCUCCACCGCCGCCAAUGGAUCCGGCGCCUGCUUACGUCAGCACCAUGUCGUUCUCCAAAAGAACUGCCUCUCGGGAAAGCAUUCGCUCAAUGGCCUUUCUCAACAACGGCCCGCCCGCCUACAAUCUGAAUUACCACACGCCGCCCGACUCGGAGACGACCAUGUAAUUUGGUUCGCCCUUUGUCUUUACCGUCGCACAUGGAUCUUGAACUAUAACACAAUCAUCAUCAAGCCAUCAGCCCAUGCCCAACACAUAUUAUAUCUUGUGCAACAAGCCAAGGCUACCACUUGGUGCUUUAACCACAUGGAUAGCAUAUACUUGAUCAGUAAAAUAACGAUAUCUGUAGUGCUUAAUUUAUACGUAAGUUUCUGUCGUUUUACCAAAGUGCCUUUGUAAAUAAAUACUUAAAAU